AUGGCUUGGAAAAUGACAGCCAUGGAUCAGCUGGCAGCAUCGAUCCGUGAAGAUGCCUGCCGUUUGUUCAUUGGAUGGACAUCUGAUGAACGUCUUGGAGCGUCCACAAGCAUGUGGAUGUACUACGAGAGUGAGUGCGAUGGCCUCACUUGUGGUACGGUCGUUUGUACGAUUGCAGAAGAUCACAGUGUAGAAGGCCACUACACUGUGAAAGCCAGCUUCCGGCACCUGUGUAGAGACACAGGCUGCGCCGAAGGCUCACCACUCGAAGAGAUCGAGUAG